AGUGACUCCAGUGUGGAGGCAGAAAGCUGAGGAAGGCUUCUUAGAAUUGGCUUUUGGACUCCUGGCAGGAUAGGGGAGACAGUGCCAAGAGAUUGGCAGAUGUUAGAAAGAAGACUGAGCGGGCAUGGAAUGGUGGAAGGAUUUACACUCCUCUCCUGAGUUUCCAGGCUAUUUCAGGAAUUUUAAACACUGGUUCCUGUCAUGGUUUUGUAACAGGGUGGUCCCCAGAACAAGGGGAAGUUCCAGGUUCCCUGCCCCACCCAAAGGAGGGUAGAGCUGAGCAGGGAGGAGAAAAAGCUAGAGGAGAGACUGAGGAAGGAGGGAAGCAGGAUGGAGCCAGAGGGAGACCUGGAGGAGGCACAUGGAGCCGAGAGACACGUGAAGAAACUACACUGGCCUUUUGGUCAUCGACUGGGAGACACAGAUGUAGUUCUGGAGGCCAAAUCCGGCUCCCAAGAAGCAUCCAAAGAAGCCUGGUAGCACCAAGGGCCUCUCAAGCCUGACUCAGAAACGUGUGGCCUCUCGCUGUGUGAAGUGGAAUGGCGCCUCCUGCAAGUGCACUUUCUUUGUUGCUGCUGCUGGUGACCAUUGCAGGUUGUUCCUGUGCACAGUGCAGCGAGGGGAGGACUUAUUCCAAUGCAGUCAUUUUACCUAACUUGGAAACCACCAGAAUCAUGCGGGUGCCUGAAACCAUCCCCGUAGUGGACUGCACGGUUGCUUGCUGUGACCUGUCCAGCUGUGACCUAGCCUGGUGGUUUGAAGGGCGCUGUUACCUGGUGAGCUGCCCACACAAAGCAAACUGUGAACCUAAGAAGAUGCGCCCCUUCAGGUCAUAUCUCACGUUUGUGGUCAGGCCUGCCCAGAGGCCCACCCAGCUGCUGGACUACGGGGAGAUGAUGCUGAACAGAGCUUCCCCAUCUGGCAUCUGGGGAGACUCACCUGAGGACAUCAGAAAGGACUUGCCCUUUCUAGGCCAAGAUUGGGGCCUAGCGGAGAUGUCUGAAUACCCGGAUGACUACACUGAACAGGAGCAGGACCUGGUGCAGCCCAUCAGCAAGCAGGAGCCCCAAGGGAGCGCUGAGGACAUGGAUUGGGGCCUGUUGCCUGGCGGUGAGGGAGGUUUCAACUCCUCUGCUGGAGAAGAUACUGCUCCAUCAGCAGAGGCACAGAGGGAGGACACCAAGCCGCAGUCCCUGGACCUGGAGCACCAUAAACUGAAUGAGUCCACGGGGACACAUGUCUCAAAACACUCUCCAGAGGGAAGGCUGUUGCUUCCUUCUGUGACUCCAUCUUCUGGAGACGUAUUGGAGACGGAGACUUUUCAGCUCCAGGAACAAUCUGGCAACAGCUCUGGAAAAGAGGUUCUAAUGCCUUCCCAUAAUCCUUCUCCAGCCAGCCUGGAGUUCAGCGCAGUCACCGUGGAGAAAAAGCCAGUUCUCACAGUCACCCCGUGGAAUCCGGAGGCCAGCAUCCCGACCCUUCCCACCAGCAUCGAACCCACUGAGUCCCCUCUAGCUGAUCAGCCUGUAUCUCCUACCACUGCUCCCAGGACAGUGAAAAAACUCCUGGUGUCUGCUGGAGAUAACUUAAUAAUCACCUUACCAGAAAAUGAAGUUGAACUGAAGGCUUUUGUUGUGCCAGCACCACCUGCAGAAACAACCUACAGCUAUGAAUGGAGUUUAAUAAGCCAGCCUGUAGACUACCAAGGUGAACUACAACAAAUGCACAUGCAAAGUCUUAAUCUUUCUCAAUUGUCAGUAGGACUUUACGCCUUCAAAGUAGCAGUUUCUAGUGAAAAUGCCUUUGGAGAAGGAUUUGUAAAUGUCACGGUGAGGCCAGCCAGAAGAGCCAAUCUGCCGCCCAGAGCAGUAGCUUCUCCCCAGAUACAGGAGCUCACUUUGCCUUUGACGUCAACCCGCAUCGACGGCAGCCAAAGUACAGAUGAUACUGAGAUAGUGAGUUAUCACUGGGAAGAAAUUGACGGGCCCACCAGAGAGGAGACGUUCUCAGCUGACUCCCCUGUAUUACAUUUGUCUGACCUUGUUCCUGGUAACUACACUUUCAGAUUGACGGUUACAGACACGGAUGGAGCCACUAACUCCACAGUUGCAGCCCUAAGAGUCAACGGUGCUGUGGAUCAGCCCCCGGUAGCCAAUGCAGGACCAAAUCGGACCAUAACAUUGCCCCAAAACUCUAUCACUUUGAACGGAAACCAGAGCAGUGAUGAUCACCAGAUUGUUCUCUAUAAGUGGUCCCUGGGGCCUGGGAGUGAGAGCAAAGAGGUGGCCAUGCAGGGAGUGGAGACACCUUAUCUCCAUGUGUCUGCCAUGCAGGAAGGCAAGUAUACAUUUCAGCUGAUGGUGGCAGAUUCUUCGCAGCAGCAGUCCACAGCUCUGGUCACUGUGAUGGUGCGGCCUGAAAACAACAGGCCCCCGGUGGCAGUGGUUGGCCCAGACCAGGAGCUCUUCUUCCCCGUGGAAAGCACCAACCUGGACGGGACCCGAAGCAGCGAUGACCAUGGCGUCGUUUUCUACCACUGGGAGCACGUCAGAGGCCCCGGUGCUGUGGAGAUGGAAAAUGUGCACCAAGCUGUCGCCAAGGUGACCGGUCUUCAGGUGGGUACCCACCGCUUCUGUUUAACAGUGAAAGAUCAGCAGGGACUGAGCAACACUGCCACCCUCACCGUGACUGUGAAGAAGGAAAAUAAUAGCCCUCCCAGAGCCCAAGCUGGUGGCAGACAUGUUCUUGUACUUCCCAAUAACUCCAUUACUUUGGAUGGUUCAAGGUCUACUGAUGACCAAGGAAUUGUGUCCUAUCUGUGGAUCCGGGAUGGCCAAAGUCCAGCAGCUGGAGAUGUCCUCGGAGGCUCUGACCACAGUGCCGCCCUGCAGCUCUCCAACCUGGUGGAGGGAGUCUACACCUUCCGCUUACGAGUGGCCGACAGUCAGGGCGCCUCAGACACAGACACUGCUACCGUGGAAGUGCAGCCAGACCCUAGGAAGAGUGGCCUGGUGGAGCUGAUCCUGCAGGUUGGCGUUGGGCAGUUGACAGAGCAGCAGAAGGACACCCUCAUGAGACAGCUGGCUGAGCUGCUGAACGUGCUAGACUCGGACAUCAAGGUGCAGAAGAUUCAGGCCCAUUCAGAUCUCAGCACCGUGAUUGUGUUUUAUGUACAGAGUGGGUCUCCUUUCAAGAUUCUCAAAGCUGGUGAGGUGGCCCAAAAUCUACACAGGCGACUCUCGAAGGAGAGGGCUGAUUUCUUGCUUUUCAAAGUCUUGAGGAUUGACACAGCAGGCUGCCUUCUGAAGUGCUCUGGCCAUGGCCUCUGUGACCCCAUCACGAAGCGCUGCAUUUGCUCCCAGCUGUGGAUGGAGAACCUGAUACAGAGCUACAUCCAUGAUGGGGAGAGCAACUGCGAGUGGAGUGUAUUCUACGUGACAGUGCUGGUUCUGACCCUCCUAGUGCUCACAGGGGUGUUGACUUGGCUUUGCAUCUGCUGCUGCAAGAGGCGAAAAAGGACUAAAAUAAGGAAAAAAACAAGGUAUACCAUCCUAGAUAACAUGGAUGACCAGGAGAGAAUGGAGCUGAGACCCAAAUAUGGUAUCAAGCACCGCAGCACAGAGCACAACUCCAGCCUGAUGGUGUCAGAGUCUGAGUUGGACAGUGACCAGGACACCAUCUUUAGCCGAGAAAGAAUGGAGAGAGGGAAUCCAAAGGUUUCCAUGAAUGGCUCCAUCAGAAAUGGCACUUCCUUCAGCUACUGCUCAAAGGACAGAUAAUGCUGCUGCUGUGAAAAGAAGGAUGGCCCAGGAGUCCUUCAUCCAGUGCCCGAGGGAGUUCACACACCGUGGCCUGGAUAUGUGGGAGGCAGGAUAUGUGUCUCCACAUUUGAAAAGACUCGUUUUCAUGAGGUUUUUGAGACACAAAAUCAAACAAGAACAUUGCUUUCUCCACUGGGAUACUUGUGAAUAGGAAUAAAGGCUGGGCAGGAAGCUAAGUUGUUUUUGUUUUUAAGAUUGAUUUAUUUAUACAUACAAGAACUGGGGUACAGGCCACAGUGUGAGGGGGCAAGAAGAUUCACCAGAGAGAGUGGGGAGUAGAACAGGCAGAUCGACUGAAAUACACUGCUGAGGGGAGCAACGGGCAAGACAGGAGAGGUCUGCUGCGCCAUGUGGGUCAGAUCCCUGGCCGGGGAUCCAACUCGUGCUGCGUUGGCUGCAGAUAGCUUCACAGUACUGCGUCUUAACCCCUUGCACCACCAGGGAGGCACCACCAGUUUCGUGGUUUUGUGGCUGAUCCAGUAUAUCUUGUCUGUGUUCAAAUAAAGAUUAACACCUGUUUCUAACUGCUUUAGGGAAGGUGAGUUAAAUAUGGAUUUAAAGAGGUCUCACUUAUCUCAGAAGCUAUGUAUGCCCUUAAGGCUGACUUUGCAAACAACUCUGAGUGGAUCCAUAAACUCAGAAGACUUAUGAUGGUUUCUCUUGGGCCUGGCUUGACUUCUGUGCCACAAGCUUUCUGUGUCAGCUUGCAAUACCCAGACAGAGCAAAGCCCCCUGGUUUAACUUCUUCAUUUUUGUCAACCACCGUUUCUGUGCUCUUUCUAGAAAGCAGAUCUUGGAUGUUUGACAGCUCAAUAAAAAUUGCAUUCCGAGGAGGAGGUUAUCGACAAGGAGGGACUUGUAGACUGAACAUUGAAGCCAGUCUUUUUACAUUCUUUACCUUUUCAUUCUCCUAUAAAAAACCUCCAUUGAGUCCUCUCUUAGGCCCAUUUUACAUUAAACACAAUAAAUGUGAUUAACUCACAAAAUAUUUAUGGGGGCUAUAAUGUAGGCCAUGCGUGCUGACUGCUGUAGAUAGAGCUCAAGAACUAGUGAUUUUGCAUCUGUCCCCAAACUCUGAAAUGCCAUCCGUCUUCAUUAGGAUGGCACAUUCUUGAUACUCUGGGUUCCCACAUGCGCUUUCUGUAAUAAUAAUUUAACAUU